AUCCUUGACGAAGUGCACGAGAGGGGGAUGGACUCGGACCUGCUCAACUUGCUCAUAAAGAAGCUGACGCAGACGCAGAAGUCCAGCACAAGGUUGGUGAUCAUGUCAGCUACCCUUCAGGCCAACCUGUUCGGGCAGUACUUCACCCCUCAGAGCGAACAAGUUCGAGACACCAUCUUCGUGGGAGCGAGGAGAUACCCUGUGGAGGUGUACUUCUUGGAUGAG